AUGGCGGCCGCGGCGGCGCCGGCGCCGCCGGAGCCGCUGGAUCUGCUCGGGGACGGGCGCCUGACGAAGCGGGUGCUGCGCGAGGGCUCCGGCGUGGAGGUCCACUACGUGUGCCGGGCGGCCGGCGGGAGCGAGGUGCCCGACAGCUCCCGCGAGCGGGGCGCGCCGCUGGCCUUUGCCCUGGGAGGGGGCGAGGCGAUCCCGGGCCUGGAGCACGCCGUGCCCACCAUGUCGGGGAGGUGCGCCCUUGCAGUGCGGCGGCGGCGCGCCCUGGUGUGCCAACCCUCCGCCGCCUGCCGGCUGCCCACCUUCGGGGGCGCGGAGGUGGCUCUCAGGCUGCCGGAGCCCGGGCCCGCCGACGCCUCGGGCGCGGCCGAGGGCGCGGCCGCGGGCUGCCUGGACCUCGAGGUGGAGCUCGUUGGCGCGGCGGCGCCCGCGCGCUGGGAGGGCGGGCAGGCGGAGCUGGCGGAGCUGUCGCAGGAGGAGCGGCUCGCCCGCGCGGCGCGCCGGAAGGAGGCGGGCAACGCCGGCUUCGGGGCGGGAAGCUGCGCCGCUGCGGCGCGGGACUACGGCGCCGCCCUGGCGCUGCUCGGCUUCGCGGGCAGCCCCGAGGACCGGGAGGCAUGGUCAGACGCGGCCCGGCAGGAGGCGCGAGCGGCGCUGGCGCUGGCGUGCUUCCUGAACCUGGCGCAGUGCGAGCUACGGCUGGAGCGCUUCGCCGAGGCCGCCGAGCACGCGUCGGAGGCGCUCGGGCUGGACCCAGGCAGCGCCAAGGCGGUCUACCGCCGCGGUCUCGCGAGGCUAGGGGCCGGGCACGCGGAGUUGGCCCGCGGGGACUUGCUGGAGUCCGCGCGGCGGGAGCCCAGGAACGCGGAGAUCCGGGCGAAGCUGCAGGAGUGCCAGGGCCAGUUGCGGGCGACGGAGAUGUCCGCGAGGAGCACGUUCGGGGGCAUGUUCGGCCGGGCAUCCAUCUACGCCGAAGGGGCGGGGACCGCACCCAGCCAACAGCGGGCCAGCGGCGCCGCGGGCGGCGCGGCGGACUCCUGA